AUGGGAAAUAGCCACUCUUCCUCUCCUCACAUAACAGCCCGAGAUCUCGAGCGCUGGCACCGCGAAGGCCGGCCGGUUAUGAUCGAACAGACUCGGCGCCGACGGAGUCCCGGCGGCCAUUAUCACGACGAGCGUCGACAUCGAUGGAUCGAGCGAGAUGACGACCGUCACCGCGGACGGAGGUCGGGGGGGAGGGGUCAUCGUCGCGACGCGUCGCCUUCGUUCCUGUUCGGGGGCAGAGCUGGAAGACGGGCCAAUGAUGGCUUCUUUGCGGCGGGCAGACGGCCAGGCGAAUUCUAUCAUGAUCCCAUGUCCAGCGCGGACCGCCCUCGGGGAUCCGAACGCGGUCCACGCUUCGGUGUCGGGAGAGGUCCAGCGGUCGUGGAGGAGCUUGGGUUUCAUCGAUUCCCGCCGCCGCCGUCAUGUCAUCGCCCCCCUCCACCUCGACGUCCUCCUGUGCCUCCGCCCUCGUUCGGCUUCCGCGGCCCUUGGGGCGAUAUCCCACCGCCUGCCCCUUCUCCUCCUCCUGCCUUUCGAUCCCGGAGAAUGCCUCCCCACUCCGACCAUCCGAGAGCUGGAGGGCCGUACAUGUUAGACGGCUUGAGGCGAGGAGACCCCGUCGGAGGCGCGCUAGCGCAGGAAAGGGCCUAUGUCGGGUUUAGGCCCGAGUAUCUUUCGGAGGAUAGUAGGACGAAUGACUGA